AUGUGGUGCCACCUUUUCGUUCAGACCCUUACUGGCGCUGUAAGAAUAUGGUUUGAUAACUUACCCAUUGGGAAAAUUACGUCAUGGAAGGAUUUGCGCGACAAGUUUCUAGUCCAUUUCAGCCAGCAACGACGAUCAAUCCGGGAUACAUCGGAUGUGAUAAACAUUUUGCGCCAUGAUGAUGAAAGUCUGGAAGAUUUCAUCACUCGUUAUAACAAGGAGGUACUUGAGAUUGGGGAUGUUCAUGAACAGCUGAUUCGCGCCCAAUUCAAGUAUGCAGUCAGGUGUGAUGAUAUGAUAAAGGUCCUGUCUGGGACGGAAGGACUCCCGAAGAGUUGGGAAAAAGUGAUGGCGGCGGCCAAGGUCUACGCGCAAACAGAGAAGAAUCUCACUACCAACAGGCCUCCACCACCACAUAACCGCCCCUCAGAUCUGGGCUCAAGUGGUGGAAGGAAGUUUAAGAAAAAUUGGCGUGAUUCUGGCUCAGGAAACUAUUCAUCCGAAGAUGCUCGGACCACAAUCAACAAACUUACCACGCAAAGGGAAGCCAAACAGGAGAACAGGGAGAGACAGUGGACUCCCUUAACCAAAACCCCUGCGGAAGUUCUGAGCAUAGAAGAUUACCAGUUUAAACCUCCGCCACCCAUGAAAAACAAGCGUGGACAAGACCCGAGUCAGUAUUGUGAAUACCACAAGGACAACAGGCAUACUACAAAUAACUGCAUCUCUUUGCGCACUGAGAUAGAAAAGGCACUUAAGAGUGGUGAGCUCACUCACCUCCUAUAA